CUCUCAGAAGAGGCAGUAUCUCUGUCCGUAACCCUCUCUGACUGUACCUCUCAGAUACUGAGAUGAGGUAGAGGAACUUGUUGCCUAAGCAAGCCCUGGCUUCUCCAGCGAGCGCAGCCCCACGUCUGUUUUUAACAUUUAUCAGUGCAGCAGACGAGCAGGCGCAGAGCUGUCCGAGCACUGCUGGCAACCCUAUCCGUGGCCUGGGAAAAGUGCGGAAAUAUUUGGCCUUACAAAACUGCCUACAAACCACUGACUUCCGUCAUGAGACUAUGGCUUUUACUCGCUGUGUCGUUUUUCUGCUGCCUAAGCUACAGCUCCGCUGAACACCCGGACCGUCCCUUGGCUCCAGGAAGGAGAAGGAGGGGGAAGAAGAUGGUGCGUCAAGGCAAGCUGCCAAAAGACAGUGGAGAUAAUGGAGCAUCGCUUUUCAUCGAGACUUAUAAAGGUGUGCAGGAGCCAAAACCCAGCUACAAUAUUAUUGCAGGGAAUACGGGACAGUGUGUAUUUCAGGGCAUUACUAUGUUUGAUAAGACUGUGUGGUCUCCAAAGCCCUGCGUGACCUGCCUGUGCUCCGGUGGAGACGUGGUGUGUGAUGAACUUCAGUGCCCUCUGCUAAAAUGCCAACUCAAAUUUAAACCUAUCGGGGAGUGCUGCCCAAUUUGUAUCGACUCAGUUCACGAGGUUUCUGAAAGCUCUGGAGACUCUCCUGUUCCCAGCGAUCCGAGCUACGGUACUAUUCCACACAUCCACACCCAGACUGAGGAGAGUCUGAGGAGAGAAAAGCAGAAAGAGGAAGAGGCGCGCCUUCGCAAGAAAGACGCCGAACGCAAGAUGAGGAAGAAGCAGAAGAAGGAGGCGGAGAGGCUGAGGAAGCAGGAGCGGGCGAAGGAGGAGAAGCUGAGGCGACUGAGGGAAGAGGAGGAGGAGAAGGCGGCAGCAGAGGAGAAGAGGAGGAGGAUGGAGGAACACCGGCGGGUGGAGGAAGAAAGGAUGAGGAGGCAGGAGAGGGAGAUGCUGAGGGCGUUUGAGGAGGCGGCAGCCAGGGCCCACCGUGGGCUGAAGGAGGAGGAGCGGGGAGAGGAGGAAGAGGAAGAUGAGGAGAUGAUCUGGUUGAGAGGAGAUGUUUUCCAAAUGCCGUCACAUCGCCCAACCCCAGAGAGUCUUCCAGCACCGCCGACCAGUCAGGUGGAGGAAGAGGAGGAAGAGGGGGAGGAUGAAGAAGAAGAUGGGGAAACGGGGGAGAGGCUAGAUGAUGAAGAAUCCCUCAGGAUUACAUACUUGCUCCCUAAAGGCUGCACAAUCUCUGAUGUCAUUGUUUCCUGCGAGAACGCCAAGCUUACCAGCAUUCCGGCUCUUUCCAUCCCUGAGCUAAAGUCUCUCAAUCUGCAGGGCAAUGCCAUCACCACCAUUCCAGGAGGAGCAUUUAAUGGAGUACCCAAUCUGGAAUGGAUAGAUCUGGGAAAAAAUAAGAUCUUAUCAUCUGGGAUUGACCCACAAGCAUUCAGAAACCUGAAAUUUCUAUCCCGAUUAUAUCUGGAUGGAAAUCUACUAGAAGUCAUUCCUCGUGGGCUUCCACAUACCCUACAAGAACUGAAGAUCAACGAAAACAACUUAAAAGAGAUUGAAGAAAACAGCUUUAAAGGUCUGAGCAGUUUGGUUACAUUGGAAUUGGAGGAUAAUUUACUCAGUGAAGGAAACGUAAAUCCUGAAGCCUUCUUAACAACAAAGGAGUUGACGUAUCUCCGGAUGGGUAGAAAUCUCUUCCGCACCAUUCCUCAAGGCCUACCGCCAUCUCUGCAGGAGUUGCACCUUGAAAAUAAUUUAAUUGAAGAAAUAUCUGAGGGAGCUUUUAACCAAACCAAAAACCUAAAUGUUGUCAUGCUGCGACACAACAGACUAGACGAGACGAGGAUUGCACCUUUAGCCUGGAUCGACCACAAGAGCCUGGAGUCAGUCGAUCUUUCAUACAACAAACUCCACCUGGUGCCAUCCUUCCUGCCCAAGUCCCUGAUUCACCUGGGAUUGGUCGGGAAUCGCAUCGAACGCAUCCCAGGUUAUGUGUUCGCUCACAUGGAGCCUGGUCUGGAGUAUCUCUACCUCUCCUUUAACAAGCUGGACGCUGAUGGUGUGGAACCAGAGUCCUUCUUUGGCACGUUAAACUCUAUGACAGAACUCUGUCUCGAUCACAACCAGCUGACUGGUGUUCCCUACGGCGUCAACGAGAUGACCUCACUACACUUCCUCAGACUCAACAACAACAACAUUCGGCACAUCGGAGAGGACAGUAUCUGCGACCCACUGAAUGAUGAGGAUUCACACCUCGUUGCCCUUCGUCUGGAGAACAACCUCAUCGACACACGCAAGAUUGCUCCAUCUGCAUUCUCCUGUGUUCGGUCCUAUUCCAGUGUUGUUCUGAAGCCUCAGAGGAUUAAAUAGCAGCCUGUUUUACUGAGGUACAGAGUACAGCGUGAUCAUUUUAAUGUAUAAAUGGUAUUCAUUGGGAACAUUGUUAUUUGUACCUAAUAAUCACAUCAUGAGGAAUCAGACUUUAUUCACUUGCUCUGUGGGGAGGGGCAGGCUUAGUUGGCGGAUGGUGGAACGUGUCAGCACUCGUCUGCUGUCUUUGGCAUCUAUUAACUAUUUUUCUAUGAGUCCUAAAGCGACACAUUUAACUUUCCAGUGUGCCAGUCAGGGAAAAAUGACAGAAUUGAAUACCCAAGCCUUCAGAGCAUGUAGGGAUAUGAUUCCGAACGCAUCAGUAUUCAGCUUCAGGUUAGAGUUUGUCAGAUUGCAGCUGUUUUUAAAGAAUGUGUGGAUUUUUAAAUUUGAAAUAUGUAAUAUGUUUAAAGUUACAGCUUUUACAAACAUUCUACUGAGAAUGUGUUUUAUAUAACUGCACAUUCUCAAAAAAAAAAAAAAUACGGUCCAUGGAUGGUUACUACUGACUGCUAAAAAGAGGUGCUGAUUUGUUGAUUUAUGACAUUUAUGACAGUAUUGAUAAAUUGAGAAUUUUUUUAUGGUGAGAAAUGAUUCACUGAUUACCACUACACUUGGCUGGCUCAGAAUUAAGUGGAAUACUUAAACAUGUAUUUAAUGUGGCAUUUAAUAAAAUGCAGAAUAUUA